AAACAUGGAUUACGUUAGUUGUCCUUAUGAUCCUGAGCACAAAGUCCAUGGGACUGAGCUAAGAAUGCACCUUAUGACUUGUCAGAAUAAAAAUGCACCUGAAAAGCCAGCAAGUAAUCAGCCAACCAAAAAGAAGACAAAAUGGAUAGCAUUGUCUCUUAAAAAGGAAGCAGAGGAGGAACAAAAGAGGUUGGAACGAGACAUACAAGUAUUUGACCCACAGGAUCCUGAUAGACUUCUGCAAUGCCCAUAUGAUUCCAACCACCAGAUAAGAGCGUGUCGUUUUCCUUAUCACCUGAUAAAGUGCAGGAAGAAUCACACUGACCUUGCCAACCAGUUUGUCACCUGUCCUUUUAAUGCCCGCCAUAUGGUAGCUAGGGGUGACCUGUGCUUCCACAUUUCCAGAUGUGAAGACAAAAGCUGCAUUGAACAAGACAUCGUUGAUGAAAAGAGCAUGUACAAGAGAGAUGUGAGCCCGAGUCGAUGGAACUCUCCUCCGUGUGAUGAGAACUGGGACAAUGAUUUGCAGACUAAGCCAGCCACUUUUGUAUGGGGUACACCUUCCUAUCAAGCACCCAGUACCAGUACUCUGAUGGAUCCUAAAAAUAGUCUUGUUUCUAGUCUACGUGCUCCUAAAUCUCUGCCGUAUGUCUUGCCAUGGAAAAUAAAUAACAAGGCUUGAUGCUGUAUUGUAUCCGUGGACCUAUGAGAAGGUUGAUCUUUCACCAGCACUUUAAGUUUAUAGUCAUAUGUGUUCUUUUAAAUCUGUUGCUGUUUACACACAUUUAGAGGGAGAUCCAAAUGACCUUCCAGGACCACAAUGCAUAAUCGGAGCCGCGCAAGACACAUAUUGGCAAGCAAACGGCAGGAGCAACCUUAGACGCCUGCACUUAAGAUAAAAUAUUUUUCCCAUUUUGAAAGCUG